AUGGCUGCUUCUGCUGCAGUAUUUUUCGUGAUGAGGAAGAACCAACAGAGACAAAGUAAGGCAAAUGACGAAUAUUAUGAUACUAUGAUCAAGAACCAACAAGUGCAGACACAAAUUAAGACAAAUAUUGUCAAUGGCUUCAUUGUUGAUUCUUCGCAGACAAAUCUAGCCAAGUGGAUUUUUGAGACAUAUCCGGAAACUGUAGCGAAUGUUCAGUCUCAAUACCAACAGGUCAGGACAUAUUCUAUGAACAUACUCUUCCGUAUCCACGAGAUGGUUUAUCACAAGAAGACGAGUAAAUUCUCUGAUUCUGAACUACGCAAAGCUUCCAAGGGUUUGUCUACUUUAACAAAAGCCGAUUUUGAGGUUGAAUGGUUGAGGUCAAAGCUUGAUGAAAUGGUUUCCUUGGAGAGGAAAGAACGUGAUGCUUGCGAAGCUCGGAUUGUGGAACUCAAACAAGAAAUGAAGAAACUUGAAGUUAUGAUGUCUGGUCUAAAAGUUGAGUUGAAAAACGAGAAGGCUAAGUUGAAGAAGCUAUAG